AUGUUGGAAUUUUUCAAAGUUUGUGCAUUUUUUUUUGCAUUUUGUAAGUUUUUUUAUUUAUUUAUUUUUUAGAAAAAAAUACAUUUUUUCGAAUUGUAUGAUAAGAUAACGACAAAAUGUAACAUUUUUUGAGAAAAAAAAAAUAAAUCGAAAUAAUCCUCAAAAAGUUAACGGCUUAGGGGAAUUGCAACAAAAAAAUACUGAGAAAAAUCAAACUUCUUGCAGAUUCGGCUGUAAAAUGUGAGACGAAACCAGUUGCGAUGGGAAAUGUUCAAACUGUUAUCAACAGUGCAAAAUUGUAUUCGGAAGAACCGUCGAAAAACUAUUCAGCUACUGCAUUGUGGUGUGAAGUGAAAAAAGAUAAAAAUGCGGAGGAUAUUCGGGCUGCCAAGUUUGUCAGACAUCAUGAUAAAUUUGAAUUUCCUGUUAGUUUUUUGGGGGAAAUAUUGGGAUUUGAAUUUAAAAAUAUGUGUAUCAGGCUACAGCUGAACAGUUUUGUUUUAAAUUGUUACAUAACCAAUUCAGAGCAAGAUGAUGUCGAUAAAGAAAACUUAUACUUAGAAAUCAAAAAAAAAUUGAAUUUUUCAAAACCUAAAUUUCAGAAAAAAGUAAAAUUAUUUCUGAAAAUUUCAUAUUCCUGCGCCAUUCAGAAAUCAAAAUCUUUUGAUCUAUAAAAUUCAAUUCGCGAUUUCCAGGCCGACAUUGACAGUGCUAACCGAGCCUAUUUGAACUUCCCAAAAGAAGCUAGCGCUUCUGCUAGUGGAAAAUAUCGCUGUGAAAUAACAUUGCUAGACGGACAAACUAUUGUUGGAAAUAUGUUCGCUUAUCGUAAGUUAAAAAAUUUAUCAAAUUCACAAUCUGUGUUCUUUUUUCUCUCAGAUAGUGCAAUUAUCAACAACACAAAUCGUUGGCCGGUCACAAAAUCUGAAGAUGAUCCAGUUCUUAUUUAUGUAUGUUUUAUUUUUUAUUUUGAAAAAAAUGUUUUAAUCUGGUUUUUUCUUCAGGCUCCAGCUAUUACUGCUCCACUUGAAUCUGAUGCUGAAAUUGAAUGUCCAUUUGGAGGAUAUCCUGUUCCAUCAGUCACUUGGUAUAAAGACAAUUAUCCAAUCGGUAAUCAAGAGUUUUCUGAAAUAUUUUGAAAUUUCUUUUUUUUCCAGAAUUUGGAGAGAAAUUCCAUUGGGACAAAGAAACACACGUUUUGAAAAUCAAAAAUGUCAACGUGACAGAUGCUGGAGAAUAUAGGUAUGUGAGAAGAAAAUUUAGAUUUUGAAUUUUUUGCCGCCAAAUUUUAGAUUUCAAAAAAUUUGUCACAUGGAUUCUUUUUUUAGCAGGGAACAUUUUGAGAUUUCAAAAAAAUUCAGUUUUUUUGACGCCAAAAAUAUGAGUUCCACCCUGUAAUUAACAUAAAAAUCCGAGAAAAUAUAGGUUUUUUUUCGGCAAAAUUAUAGCUCUACAAUGAAAAAUUUGCACUUUUAUUACUGUGGAAAAAUUUUCAUGGAAAUUUUCACUGUUUCACAAAAUCAUAAUUUCUGAUUUAUAAUGCAAUUUUUAGUGCAUAUGAUAAAAUUUUGAAAAUGUGAACUGAAAUUAUGAAUUGAAAAAUAUUUUUUUCAUUUUUUGAAGUACCUUAUUUUCCAGACAAGCCUAAUAUGUAUAUCCAUAUCUAAUUUCGUUUUUUUUUCAGAUGCGAAUUGAAAAACAUGUUCCCAUUGGUUUAUGAAGGACCAGAACAAACUUAUGAAGCAAAAUUGGCGAGAAGAUUGGAAGUUGGAAGUGAGUUCACCGAAUUUUCUCACAAAAAUAAUCUCCAAAAUAUUUUCAGGCAAUCUUGGUUGGAUUCUUCCACUUAUCGUAAUUCUCAUAAUUCUUCUUCUCCUCUUCAUUAUAAUAUUUGUUUGCCAACGUUGCCAAAAAUACAAAUCUGCAGAUUAUAAUGUUGAAGCACGCGAACGUGGUCUUCACAAUGAUACAACUCCGCUUAAAAAUAGUGUCUAA